CUAAGAUCAUUUUUUAGUUUUUUUUUUUUUUUAAUUAUUUUUAUUAUUGUGAUUUACAUAUCCACACUGGUUAGGAACCUUUCUGGGAGACUUUUUGACUCUGGAAAUAAGGUGAAAAGCAAUAAGGAUGUUUAAGUGCUGGUCAGCUGUUUUGAUUAUUGGAUUCAUUUUUCUGGAGUCUGAAGGAAGGCCAACCGGAGAAGCAGGAUAUGGCCUUAAAUCCUACCAACCUCUAAUAAGAUUGCGACACAAGGAAAAAAGUCAAGAACGUUCAAGAAUCAAAGGGAUCCUGAUUCAGGAUGGCUCUUUGGGAUCUUGUGAAAACAAAUACUGUGGUUUGGGAAGGCACUGUGUUCUCAGCAGAGAGACAGGGCAGGCAGAAUGUGCCUGUAUGGACCUUUGCAAUCGGCACUACAAACCUGUGUGUGGAUCUGAUGGGCAAUUCUAUGAAAACCACUGUGAGGUGCACAGAGCUGCUUGCCUGAAGAAACACAAGAUUACCAUUGUCCACAAUGAAGACUGCUUCUUCAAAGGAGAUAACUGCAAGGCCAUUGAAUACAGCAAGAUGAAAAGUAUGCUUUUAGAUUUACAAAAUCAAAAAUACAUUACACAAGACAAUGAAAACCCUAAUGGUGAUGACGUAUUUCAGAAGAAGUUGCUGGUGGAUCAAAUGUUUAAAUAUUUUGAUGCCGACAGUAAUGGACUUGUAGAUAUUAAUGAACUAACUCAGGUGAUAAAACAGGAAGACCUUGGCAAGGACCUUUCUGAUUGUACUUUGUAUGAUCUACUGAAAUAUGAUGAUUUUAACUCAGACAAGCACCUGGCUCUUGAAGAAUUUUAUAGAGCAUUCCAGGUCAUCCAGUUGAGUCUGCCUGAAGAUCAGAAACUAAGUGUCACAGCGGCAACGGUGGGGCAGAGUACCGUUCUGAGCUGCGCCAUUCAGGGAGCACUGAGACCCCCCAUCAUUUGGAAGAGGAACAAUAUUAUUCUGAACAACUUAGAUUUGGAAGACAUCAAUGACUUUGGAGAUGAUGGGUCCUUAUAUAUAACCAAAGUUACCACAACUCACAUGGGGAAUUACACCUGCUAUGCAGAGGGCUAUGAAAACAUCUAUCAGACUCACAUUUUCCAAGUGAAUGUCCCUCCAGUAAUCCGGGUGUAUCCAGAAAGUCAGGCCCGAGAACCUGGAGUUACUGCAAGUCUUAGGUGCCAUGCAGAAGGUAUACCGAAUCCUCAGCUUGGCUGGCUGAAGAAUGGAAUCGAUAUUACACCAAAGCUGUCCAAGCAACUCACACUUCAAGCAAAUGGCAGUGAGGUUCAUAUCAGCAAUGUGCGCUAUGAAGAUACGGGAGCAUACACUUGUAUUGCAAAAAAUGAAGCAGGAGUGGAUGAAGACAUCUCUUCUCUUUUUGUGGAAGAUUCUGCUAGAAAAACCCUAGCUAACAUAUUAUGGAGAGAAGAAGGUCUGGGAAUUGGGAACAUGUUCUAUGUUUUUUAUGAAGAUGGAAUCAAAGUGAUACAACCCAUAGAAUGUGAAUUUCAGAGGCACAUUAAGCCGAGUGAAAAGCUCCUUGGAUUUCAGGAUGAAGUCUGUCCCAAAGUUGAAGGUGAUAAAAUGCAGAGGUGUGUGUGGGCCUCAGCUGUCAAUGUCAAGGACAAGUUCAUCUAUGUUGCACAGCCAACUUUGGAUAGAGUCCUUGUUGUUGACGUGCAGUCUCAAAAAGUUGUCCAGGCAGUGAGCACAGACCCUGUUCCAGUUAAAUUACACUAUGAUAAAUCUCAUGACCAGGUCUGGGUGCUCAGCUGGGGUACAAUGGAAAAGACUUCUCCAACACUGCAGGUGAUAACCCUGGCCAGUGGGAAUGUACCACACCACACCAUCCACACCCAGCCUGUGGGAAAGCAGUUUGACAGGGUGGACGAUUUCUUCAUUCCCACCACCACACUCCUCAUCACCCACAUACGGUUUGGAUUUAUUCUUCAUAAAGAUGAAGCUGCACUGCAAAAGAUUGACCUUGAAACCAUGUCAUACAUCAAGACUAUUAAUCUGAAGGACUACCAGUGCAUCCCGCAGUCACUAGCAUACACACACUUGGGAGGAUACUACUUCGUUGGCUGCAAACCCGACAGCACUGGGGCGGCUCCCCCACAGCUCUUGGUGGACGGUGUCACCGACUCGGUCAUUGGGUUCAACAGUGACGUGACGGGCACUCCAUACGUCUCCCCAGAUGGACACUAUCUUGUCACCAUCAGUGAUGUGAAAGGUCUUGUGAGGGUCCAGUACAUCACCAUCAGAGGAGAGAUACAGGAGGCUUUUGAUAUUCACACUAAUCUGCACAUAUCUGACCUGGCCUUUCAGCCAUCCUUUACGGAAGCCCAUCAGUACAACAUUUAUGGUAGUUCAAGCACACAGACAGAUGUGCUCUUUGUGGAGCUUGCUUCUGGGAAGGUUAAGAUGAUCAAAAGCCUUAAGGAACCACUCAAGGCAGAAGAAUGGCCUUGGAACCUGAAGAACAGGCAAAUCCAGGACAGUGGCUUGUUUGGUCAAUACCUGAUGACUCCUUCCAAGGACUCUCUCUUUAUACUCGAUGGACGACUCAAUAAGUUAAACUGUGAGAUCACUGACGUUGAGAAGGGAAACACAGUCAUCUGGGUUGGAGAAGCCUAGGAGCCCUGUUAAAUAAUUAUUAAAUCAAGAGUUUUCCAAUACACUGCACUAAUCCAUUAUUUAAAUUUACCAGUUUAACUUUCUAAGUUUGUAUCC